AUGGGAGAUAUGGUUCAUUUAGAGAUAGAUCCAGACUUGUAUGGAGAUGGAUAUAAAGAUCCAUUCAUUCAAGAUGAGGAUAAAUUAUCAAUGGCCGAAUUGAUACCUCGAAUCUUAAUAGAAAGGCUGUCAUUCUUAAAUCUUACAGAGGAUUCCUUGGAACAAGAGAUUGCCUGCACCGACAAUGCACUGACCGAAGAUUUAAAAACAAAUGAAGAAGAAAUUGAAGACAAGGAUAUGGAUAACAAAGAGACUUUACUUCAUUCUGAUAGCACAGAUGAUCUAAUAGACACUAAAAAUACGUUUGAAAACUUUCAGAAGCAAAAGUUUGAAUUAUCAAAAUAUAUAAAUUCUGCUUUGAAUGAAACAUCAUUAUCAUUAGAUUUUGUCUCAUUAUUACUUUCCACAGUUAAACCAAACAUAGGUAAAUCUACAAUGUCACCACAUCUAUCCAAGAGUGUCCCUAUUGGAUCCUUAAAUUCAGACAGAUUGUCAAAUAAUACAGAUACGUCGAAAUAUAAAAAUUCUGCCGUAAUUGGUCAAGGUUGGAAGUUGGAAUCGUUGAAUAAGAUUACCAAUUCUUUCAAAAACGCAAGUUUACGAUUAAAUGAACAAGUCCUAAAGGAGAAAAGAUAUUGGGAUAUGAUUAAUUUGGUUCUUGGGAAUCAUGAAAUUUUGUACAAAACAAGAGACCCUGCAAAUGGAUCAAGGGCAAUUGGCGUGAGAUAUGGUUACGGAGAUUCAGGUUCUAGUUAUCAUGAUAGGGGGCUUGCAAUUUUAAGAAAGGACAACCAGACCGGUGAAAUAUCAUUUAAUCCAGUGUCUAGUACAAAUAAAAUUACGAAUAAAGUUUAUAAGUACAUAAGAGUCAAAAUUCUUAGCAAAAUUGAUGAUGAUUAUAUGCUUACAGGUCAAUCUAUAUUUGAGAAUAAUUUCAUAAAUACCAGCAAGUAUGGAAUAAUUAAUGAUAUAGAAAAAGCCAGAUUUUUCUUAUUUGAGGAGGACUUAUUUUAUCAAUUAACAAGAGAAGCUAAGUACUUAAUUAACUACAACGUGCUGAUUAUAGCUAAUAAGAUCAUCAUUGAAAUAAAUAAUGAGAUCAUAGAGAUAGAAUCUAUAAUUUAUGAUGAAAAUAAUGAGGAUGAAUUAAGCAAUUACUAUCAAAAUAUCAACCAGUUAUCAUCAAUCAAUAAUAAAAAAGCUCAGUCUAUACUAACGCUUUUAAAAUUAAUGUUAUGUUGCUUUUAUAAAUAUAACUUGAAGUUAAAGCAAAAAAUUCCUACGGCUAUUACAAAAUGGAAACAGAGCAACUCGCAUCCAUUGAUCUUAAGGCCGUUACUAGGUCAUAUAAGGCACGAGAUAAAUGUACAGAAUAUGUUGAAUAUUCUAGAUUCUCAUCUGAACGAAUUCAAAGAGAAAGUAAAGCUUACUAUUGAUUACGAAAAAUACGUCAAUUUGAAAAAGAGUCAAGACAAUAUCGUAAACCCAUUCAUUAAAUCAAUUGAAAGACCUUUGACCUCAUUCGAGGUUACUGUCAAUAACUUGAAAGAUGGUCAAGUCUUAAAGAUUUAUAUUGACAUUUCCUCGACUGAAAUAUUCUGUACAUUGAUUGUUAAUUUGAAUAUUAUCAAGUUUGAGAGUUCCGAGAAAAUAAGUGAUAAUCAGCAAGGUGCUAAUGUUUUGCUGAUCAACUUUAAUGAUUUAAGUGACCUCGAGGAGUGUCUAAAUUGGACAAUUUUAAAUUUUAUUAAUGAAUAA